AUGAUGAGUCUUAAUCUUUGCUCAUUGGACUCGAUGGGACGAGUGGAGGCAACACUUGGACGAAUCGAAGCUCGGUCAGCCAGCCACCGGGAACAAUUACAUGGGAUCCGGAAGGCACUCCAUUGGGUUACAGCUAACAUGGCCGCUACAUCUGGGGAAGGAUCUGUAUGGACCUCAUACACCAAUGAUGACCAGAUGUUCUGGCGGGAGCUUCGUCGUGAGUUGGCAAAAGAAGGUUAUCGAAGUUCGACGCUGCAACGCCAUAAGAGGUUGAUCAAAAGUUACGUCGAAGAACUAGGCAAUCGGGGCGUGUUUGACGAUAUGAUUGAUCUCGAUGAUGGUCCAAUUGAUGCCGAGGAAGAUCGAGACCACGAUAGCAUAGAUGCAGAGGAAUUGCCACAGAUUUUCGAAGCACAUAGUAUUGAGGUACCACCGCACAGCCACAGUACAGCCCAUUUUGCAGCAUGA